AGAUGUUGCCAGCAAAGGUCAAGUAUAAAAUAUUUACUAGCGAUGUCAUGACACACUUUUUAUCAUUAUCUAGCUGAAGAUUAACAGAGUCACUUGCAGAUGAAUCCGUAAACUGAACGUCUAUGAAAACCAUGAUGGCGACGUGUAUGAUUUUCAAACUUUUGUUCUGGAGCUUCCUAAUUACAGUAUUUAUGACAAAUUUAAAUUAUGGUCAAAGUCAUUUGGUAACGGACACUUUUUCAAGACAAAAGGAAACCGUUCUACUAAAGGAAAUACUUCAACUUGUCAAAAACCAAGCAAAGAAAAUGCAAACCUUAGAGAGAGAGCUUACAUCUAUCAAUGAUCAACUCUCCAAGUGCCUUUCCAUAUCAAGAUCAUUUCCUUCUGGACGCCAUGACGAGGAACAGCAAGAUACGACAACAUCUUUAAUCUCAAGAGAAAAUUCAACAACCCUUGAAACAAAUCCAACUAUACAGUUAACAUCAGCUUCUGAUAUACCGGUUGUAGAAACGGAAGGAGAAACUGCAACUAGGCAGGAUUCUUUAUCAACAAGAGAUACAGCAACAUCUGCAGGCAUUUCCAUAUCAAGAUCAUUUUCUUCUGGACGCAAUGACAAGGAACAGCAAGGUACGACAACAUCUUUAGUCUCAAGAGAACAAUCGACAAUCCUUGAAACAAAUUCAGCUAUACAGUUGACAUCAGCUUCUGAUAUACCCGUUGUAGAAACGGAAGGAGAAACUGCAACUAGGCUGGAUUCUUUAUCAACAAGAGAUACAGCAACAUCUGCAGACAAGGAACAGCAAGGUACGACAACAUCUUUAGUCUCAAGAGAACAAUCGACAAUCCUUGAAACAAAUUCAGCUAUACAGUUGACAUCAGCUUCUGAUAUACCCGUUGUAGAAACGGAAGGAGAAACUGCAACUAGGCUGGAUUCUUUAUCAACAAGAGAUACAGCAACAUCUGCAGGGACAUGUGGAGGAACUUUUUAUGGGCAGCUGUCUGGAUAUAUUACAAGUCCAAAUUAUCCCAGCUCUUAUCCAAACUAUGCAAACUGUGAAUGGAACAUCAUAUUGCCAAACGGAUAUGGCAUCAAGCUACUUGUAAUAUAUUUCUCUACAGAAAAUUAUUAUGAUUAUGUAGAGAUCUUGGAUCCUAUCAGAAGAACACAAAUUGGAAGGUUUUCUGGUACCGUAGCAGCUGGAACUCUAUUCUAUUCAAAUGCCGAAUCCAUUGUAAUAAAAUUUUCUUCAGAUUCCAGCAUACAAAAACAAGGAUUUUAUCUUCAGUUUGAACCAUCUACACGUCCCAAAAUAAGAAAAUCAGCCACCACUACCGACACCAUUACAGAAACAAUGGAACCAAUCACGAUAGCAGAAACAACAACGGAACAGACAUCAUCCAAUGUUCAAUUCUCAACUUCAAUAGGAAAUUUCACCACCACUACCGACACCAUUAAAGAAACAAUGGAACCAAUCACGAUAGCAGAAACAAAAACUGCUGUAUCUGAAACGAUAACUUCACCAACAUCAUCCAAUGUUCAAUUCUCAACUUCAACAGAAAGAGAUAUGACGUUUCCUUCUUCCACUCCAACUUCCUCAUUGACAUCGACAACAACAGUUACAUCAUCGACAACAACAAAAGUAACACCAUCGGCAACAACAAUUACACCAGAGACAACAACAAAUACACCAUUGACAACAACAGUUACACCAGAGAGAACAACAGAUACACCAGAGACAACAACAGUUAGACCAUUAAUUACUCAGCCACAAGGAACAAUAGGUAGCAGAGGCGAUGAGUUUCUUAUCUUAUUUAUGAAGAAUUAUCCCUCAGCACACGGGGAAUUGACUGUUUACAUAACGACAAACAACGAAUCAACAGCUGAAAUAUUAACAUCCACUCAUUUGAAUGCAAACAUUACAUCGGUUUUUAAUUUUACGUCCAACUUCACACUAGGUCUCCCUUUACACCUUGUUUGUGAAUAUUUUACUAUGGAACCGAAAGGUCUUAUACUAAGAACUUCAGAAAUAUCAACUGUCACAAUCUUUGAUAGUUUUAAUAUAGGCUCAAAUGAUGGAACGCUGAUCAUUCCAACACAGAAACUCUCGAACAAGUACAUUGUUUCAUCAACAGAUCCAGUUUUUACUAUUAGUGAUUAUUUCAGUCAGUUUGCUAUUGGUGCACUCCAUAACAAGACAAAUGUAGAGAUUACAUUCAAAUUUAAGCAGAACACUCCUCUCACUAUACAGGGUAAAUCAUACAGAGACGGAGAUGUUUUCACAGUAAUGAUAGAACGAUUUGAGACGAUACAAAUCGCGCAUACCACAGAUCUGUCUGGCUCCUUCAUAACGUCUACAAAACCUGUCGCAGUCUUUUCUGGAAACCGUUGUAAGAAAUUCACUAAUUUUUGCAGUCACAUGGUCACCCAACUACCCCCGACAACCGAGGUUGAUACUCAAUAUAUAGUACCUCCUUUCUUUCACAAUUCUGGAACAUUAAUUCAAGUUGUCAGCGAAAAUCUUACUUUCAUUGACUCCAGUGUUGGAAGCAUUGUAUCAAACUUUUAUUUAAACGAAAAAGGAUACAAGAACAUUGAAGUAACUUUAAAUGUGACAACAGUUAUAGAAUCAAAUCAGCCUGUGCUUGUUACUGCUUUUGGAAUGGGUGAUCCAUAUAAUCCCUAUAUGACGGUCGUCCCAGGAAUUCAUCAGUAUCUUGAUUAUUAUAAGGUUACUGUACCAGAAGGAUACGAAGAGAAUUUUAUCUGUGUAAUUAUUCCGUCUGAAUCACUGAACAACCUACGUAUGAACGGAUUUUCUGCUUCUCAUUAUACCUCUGUGUAUCAGAGUGCGUUGACCCUAACUAAACAGUUCAGUAUUCGUACCUUUAAGGUCCUAAGUGGAACAUUUGUUUUGUCAACAAUCGAUGCUUCACAGUUUGGGUUAAUUGUUUAUGGUCAUCGAGAUGCUGAUGGUUAUGGUUUUGCGGGGAAUUUUGUUUACCCAUGAAAUGUUAAAACGAAGCAUGCUUACCAUGUGAAUUGAAUCUGAUAUUAUCCCAUUUAUAUAUGUUUCUGAAUUGUUUUUCAGUA